AUGUGUUACCAAGUAGUGAAUGUAGAGAAACCUAAUGCAAAAACAAACACAACUGUCUUUAACAUAUUUGAAGCAAGUGAUUGUAAAACAAAUCUGAAGUUUUCACUGUCAAGAUUUAAAUCAGAAAUCGAUUUGUUGCAAAAUACCAUUUGGAGAGAAAAACAGAUUCGUGUAUUUUUAUUUGGUGAUUACAAAUUCUUGUGUGCAAUCUAUGGAAUAACUGGUGCAACUGGUAGACACCCAUGCCUGUUUUGCAACAUCACAAGACAAGGAAUGUCAACUCCAAUUAAGGACAACAUUGAAAUGCGAUCACUUGAGACACUAGAUUCACAUUUAGAAAAAUAUAAAAAUCAUGGUUCAGAUCCCAAGUUUGCCAAGCUAUGUGAUAAUGUUAUUGACCAAAGGUUAUUUAAUGUGCCACUUGAUCAGAUCGGAAUUCCAGCAUUACACAUCUCACUUGGUACGUAUUUAAAAUUCUUCAACAUGUUAGAAGACUCUUGUCAUACAAUUGAUGUCAAAAUUGCAGGUCGAAUGGCAGUAAAUAACCAAACACUUGAAGACUGUGAAGAGUUUAACAAAUAUAUUGAGAAGCAGCGUCAAAUAAAACAACUUCAGAUAAGUAUUCCGGAUCUUGAAAAUAAAACACGUAUCAUAACAGAAGCACUUGAAACUCACAUAUUAUCUAACCCUGAAAAUGAAGAAUAUAUAAAGUUAGUAUUUGAACCAGGCAUAAUUCACUUUGAAGAGAAAAAAAAAAGAAAAGAUCUCAGAAUUGGAAAUAAUGAAAGAAACUGACCAUGUAAAGAUGUCAUUUGGUCCACUAGUAAAUAAACUCGACGAGGUACUUAAUUUGUUAGGAGUGCAAAGACAAGCAUACCAUGGGAAAAGUUUUGUUGGUAACCAUGUUAACAAAAUGUUAAAGAUGAAAAGUAUCCUCGAACUAUGCAACUCAAUACCAAAGCUUGUAGUUGAACUUGGGUUCAAGGAUACUGACAUACAUAAAGAAACUUUUGAACUUUGUCAGAACUUUAAAGUCCUAUUUGAUAAGUUUGGGACAAGCUUAUUAACUCCUGCAAGCAGUUCAAUGAAGAAAACAUUCAAAAUCUUGAAAAUCGUAUUGAAGAUUUUAUGAAAUACUUUCGUGAUAACUGGCCAAAUGAAUCAAUUACACCUAAGCUUCAUAUGCUUGAAUAUCAUGCAUCAUCUUUCAUUAGGAAAUGGGGAGUAGGACUUGGUACAUAUGGAGAACAAGGUGCAGAAAGUAUUCAUGCUGAAUUCAACAGCAUGAAGAGUACCUACUGGCACAUGAAAGGAAAACGUAAACUCAAAAGUAUAAUGGAUGAACACUUCUUAAAAAACCAUCCAACAGUAAAAAAAUAUCAACAAAAAGCUCUGCCUAAAAAGAGGAAAAUUGAAGAGACUUAAAAUAAUCUUAUAAAACAAUGCAAAAGAGUUUUCAGGAAAUAAAUGGCAGUAUUAUGGCGUAAAUAUUAUUUCUGCCAGUAUUUUUAAACCUUCAGAUAAAAAGAAAAAUUGUCAAUUUUUAAAAGCAUUAAAUUAUAACAAAAAAAAGUAACCCAGUUAUAA